UUGGUUACUUAAUCAGCUGGUUUAAACUCGUGGUUUAAUUGUUUUUGUUUAAAGUGAUAAAAUAACUAAUAAAUUUGAUUGAUUUUUAUUGAUUCAAGAUUAUGGAGUUGGUUGUCUGGCCUGGGGAUCAUGGCUUACCGUCUUUGGACCUUACCUCGAUUCAAUUGUUGGCUUAUUGCAAGUUUUCUGGUGCUCCUGUAAAAGUAAAUCAAAUUAAUAGAUCUUGGAAUGUUAUCUAUCGUGUCCCCUCAUUCAGCCAUGGCUUUAAUGUGCGACUGAACACUUUCAAUGAUGUAACCGCUUAUUUACAACGCCAGAAUUAUAAUUGUGAUCUAAAGUUGAACAGUAAAGCAUUAUUCGACGUUCAAGCAUACAUGUCAAUCAUUAGUCAAAAGCUUGAACCAGCUCUCUCAUAUAUUUAUUGGGCCAAUGAUGGAAAUUAUUCAAGUUUUAUCAGACCUUGGUAUGCUAAAAGGAUACCUUUCCCAGCAAGCUUAAUAUUGCCUGAUCGAUAUCAAAGUUCACAGCUUGAUAAGUUAACUAUUCUUAUUGGUGACAAAGAAGGAUGGACUGAGAAAGAAAAAUCCAUGAUUGAAGAAGCAGAGAAGUGUUUGAAAUUGCUUUCUCAAAAACUCGGUGAACAAAAGUAUUUUUUCGGGGAUACACCAACCAUCUUCGAUGCUUAUGUUUUUGGUUAUUUAGCGCUUUGUACAAUACCAUUUCCAAGUUACAAUCCUCUCAAAAGUACAAUCAACAAUUUACCUAAUUUACCGACCUACUUAUCAAGGAUAAAGAGAUCGUAUUUUCCUGAUGUCCAAGAAACUACCGAAGAGAAGCCGAACGAAACUGAAAAUGAAUUUCCAAAUAGAUGGCUUGAUAUAACUCUUUCAUCGCUAUUUGCUGCCAGCGUGAUGUUUACUUAUGCUUAUUUACAUUUGAGACAUUUUACAAGGCGUUAAUAUAAUCUUUGCUCUGAAAUUUACAAAUUGUAAUUUCCUAAAUGUCAUUUUGCCAGACUUUUUCCAACUAUAGCGGCAUUAAUAAAUUGUCUGCGACUGAAUAAGGAUCAUGGUCAAUGAUUGAUGAUCGUUUGUCCUAGAUGAUUAAAAUUUAUUAGAAAUAAUAUUAAAGUAGAAGUUAAAUCAAAAUUGA